GUUUCUUGCUGCUGCUGCUGCUGUAUUAUACAUGCUUACAUCCGCAUGUGCUUGUGAGAUGUGCUUCCCAUGGAAAUUCUCCUUCAUUCUCUUGUUCCCCACUUUUCUUUAGCAAUUUACCCUUCAUCGUUCUUUUCAAGCAGUUUUUGGUUAUGGAAGUGAAUGAAUUUCUUCAUCUGGUUACUUCAAUUACAUUGUCUGAAUCACAGAUGAUGUCACAGUGAUUUUUAAGUGUUGGGUUAAUGGGGUGACUAUAGAAAUGAGGCGACUAUAGAAAUGAUGAUUUUGGCACGAGCUAUUAUGUCAGGAUUUAUUAGCAUAAUUAUGCGGCUGUUAUGGGUUGUUAUAUCCCAACUGUCAUAUAGGAAGAAGAAAGAAUGUGGCACCAAAGAUCCUCUGUUAUUUGGAAGAACCACAUAGGCUUUAUUCAACUAGAACGUGGCCUUUAGAUCUAGCUCAUCCAUCUUCUGGGACCAGGUGCUUUUUUGGUAUUAAAGGGCUUAACAAUUAUGCUGAGGAUGUUGUGGCAAUAGCUCUGUCACAUUCCAAUGUUCAAUGAAGCAAUAUGCUGGUGUGGAGUGUUACAGGCAAUAUAGGGAGUGAUGCAGCAAUUUCCAUAUUUUAGUUUUAUAGUUCUAAGGGGCUCUGGGGUGCUGAGAUAAGAUGCUUAAAACCUUGAUACUUCUUCCUCCCAGUGACUUGUAAAUGUGUUAGUCAAAUUCAUCUUGGUCUCUUUAGUUUUGAAUUUGACAUGAUGCUUCCUGUUGUGGUGGUGUUACUUUGUGGGGUUGUAUAAUGAGUGUAGCAAUUCAUAAAGAAUUCACUGCACCAUCGGCCUGCACUUGGACCAAUAGUGCAUAUGAUUGAUGAAGACUACUGUUCAUUUUCCCUGAAUUGAUAUUAAAUGUCUUUUAUGCUUGUGAUUCUUGUUAUUCUGCCAAAAGUUGUUUUCUCCAAUGGCACACCUACUCAGUGGUCAGUGCUGGUAUUGGUGUAGUUCUGGAUGAUGCUUUAUUUGGAUAUGAACCUGUGAGUUUGCUGAUAGAGAAGCUGUUUGAUCACCACAAUUUGAUUAUCUUCACCCAUGGUCCUAAAGGUUGAGGAAUGUAUGGAAACUAGUGUCAAGAGUGUUGACAGCUAGUUUGAGGGCUGGAAAAAUUCUUCGUUGUUUGAACUUAUUCAUCCUAAUUUGAAUAGUCAUCCCUUAUUGGGGACAGUGGACCUUCUUAAAGCAGGCCUCGCUCACUUUUUAUACAUAACUCCCUUGUCUCUGGUUUGUGUAAGAGUUUAUUACAAUUGGAUAUUGGAUGUGCUUUGAUUGUUGAUGUUCCAGGAAAAUGCAAUUUUUUAUGUGGAAAUAGUCGUUGCAUUACUUUUGAAGUUUUUAUUUUUAAAUAUUCUUAUGCCUUUUUUUAAUGCAAAGCCAAUAAACCACAUGAUUAUAGUUUCAAAUAUGAACAGAUUCAGGAAUUUUCUUGAUAAAAGGGCAAUAUUAUUUAAAGUGUGAUUUAACUUAACACCAAAAACCUAUGUUUGGAAAGCAUAAGCAUCAGGAUAUUGUUCAGCUAUUUGUCUGUCUUGAAAUUCAUUUAUUAUUCUGUAAUGGUAUUAUUUAGCAUUUGAAUUACAGUGAAAUCUGAAACUAAACCUGAAGUAUUAAUUUUUACUCAUAAUUGAAAACCGGUUUUUAGUUGAUUGUUAUGAGCUUUGAUACUCUGGUAUUAUAUUUUCAUUUACCUCGUUCGUUAAAAAAUUGCUUCACAACUUUUUGGUAAAAUUUCUGCAUCUAUGGUGACAUCUUUUUAAUUGUGUACACUUUGGACAUUGCCAAUAUCUGAACACGUGCAACAUGUGUGGAUGGUCAGGGGCAUGUCCUCUGCACAGUGCUGAUUUGAUUCCGAAUAGUUAAUUAAUUUUUUAACAUUCUUGAAUGGUUUUAAUAUGUUUAUUUCCCUUCUAAAAUGAAAUGAACCAAUUUAACUCAUUGAAAAUAUGCCUUAGCCUUCUUAUUUUAGCUUUAAACUAUUUAAGCUGGGAUACUGUGGACUUCUAUUUUUAUGUCUAUUAUGUUUGCCUGGUCUGAACCAUUUAUAUAUUAUAUUUGGGAAAGGUUCUUUCUGCUCUCCCAUAUUCUCACUAAUAAUGUUACAAUUUUGUGAUUAGGAGAAUAUUAGAUAGUGGUUUUGGGAGGAGUAGAUGUUGCUGGUUCUUAAACUAUUUGUGACAUAUGGAGAGCAUUUCAUUUCCUUGUAGUAAAAACUGCAGACUAGUUUUGGUAUUUUUACCCCUCAGAUUCUUGUGCUUCUUAUAUGAUAAACAGGGUGAACUUGUUUUUGUUUUUUUACCAAUGCAUUCAUCCUUUUACGUUUGUUAUGAGAUGUACAUCCCCUUUAAAAAUAAAUUUUCAUUGUAGUUCAAAUAUUCUGUUUUUUUUUUUUUUAGCUUAAUACACUUGUAUUUACAUUAAUUAUUUGUGUUUAGUUGGUCUUGUCUUGACUACUGAUACUUAUUAGAAGGCACAUACAGGAGUCUUUCCCUUUUGUGCCUGAUUGUGCACUUAGUUGAUUAUCUUUUUCAAGUGCAGGAAAAGAAUAGAAAUGCUAACAUUUGCUGAGUGAUCCUUUGUAAACCUUGACAGGUAAGUCUGUUGCUCGAGUCAUCCUACUUCCAAUAGCUCCUCAUUUAAGUCAUAUCCAAACUCUUGCUGCUACACGUGAUAAGUUAGAGUGAGGAACCAACAUCCAUAUAAUUUAAAUGUCAGCUAUGCCAUUUUUCUCCCUUGUGUAUGUACACUACUACCUCUUUUCCCUCAUAAAUAUUUUCUUACCUCAUACUGGAAGGUGUUCAGUGUUCUUGUGUCAAUGAAGAGAGGCAUUCUAUGAGUUUGGCUUCAAUUGAUUGGACUUAUUGGGGCUCUUGGUAUCUGUUAUGGUUAAGGAGUAUAUGAGUGGCAACUGUUUAGUAUUUUACAGGCUAGUUUCUGUCAAUUUAUGGUGAAUUCCCUAGCCUUGAUGAUCUGAAGCAUAUAAUUCCUUCUCUCCUUCAGAAAUAAUUGCCAGCAGUGAUUCUCCUCAUUUGGCCAAAUUGUUGUGUGGCUGGUAGUCAUGCUUCUCUUUCUGUGCAUGCCUGUUGAUGGCGUUCUAAUUCACCAGGGCUGUAGCCUUCAUCUAUCAUGCAAUUUUGGUGGUAAUUGGAACACUAACAUAGAUAGUAUAGUUCAUGCUCUGGACAUGAAGUUUCAAGCUAGGUGGUCUUCUGUAGGCCUAGAUCCUUUUGCCCUGUAAAGGAUUGAAUGCCAAAUGAUGAAAACUGAUGAAUAAUAUAUCGAUAAUCUAAGGAAUUUUUCUAUUGACUAUACAUUUGGAAGUGCCAGUGGUGCUUGUAUAUGCUGUUGAGUUAUUUGCUGGUCUAACUUAACCAUACUGUCUAUUCGACUCUUGAGAUUGCUAACUAGUUAUGGGGCAUAGACAUUUAUAUAGCUCAUCUGCAAUGUUUGAGGGUGAACCUGACCAGAACUGGAAUCAUAUGCAUACUGAUCAACAAUAUGUGCACCUUGGUAGGACUACCACGUCAGAUAAUGGUUCUUUUAUUUAUCCUUUGGAAAAUAUGUCCGUUGAUAGCAUUUCUUUUCCACCUCAUUGGAACACUGCACCAAGGUCAAAUGGAUAUGCAUCCACAAGUCUCAACAUUGAAGCACCUCCUCAUCAAACAGAUGCAUCAGGCACUUCUCAUGAUCAUUUUCCGCAUUCAUCAAGUGCUGGAAUAUUUUAUGCAGUGUCUGAAAACUAUGUACACCAGCCAUCUAAUUCCAAUUAUGACAGACAAGCAUUUUCUGUUGCUGAUGGUGGUUUUAUUGAUCUUACAAUGGGAAACGGACGAGGGCCUCACAAACGUAAGAGCCCUGGAAUUCCUUCAGUCUGUGAGAGAGGAAGUACAAGCAGAUACUUUAAUGCUGGAAAUGCAGCUGAUCAUCCUACAUCUUCUGAAUUGCGGCCAGAGAAGCCCAAUAUGGAUUCUCUAUAUAUGCCUUGGGAUCAUGUUAGUAUGACACCCACAUUUAGAGGUAGAGGCCUAUCAAUACGGGGUGAGGGUUCUUUAAGGAAUGUGAGGAGCCGUUCUGCACUUGAUUUAGAAUCCAACAUGGCUAGGACCCAUUUAUCAUGUACUCAUUCUCACAACUCAUACUCUACUGGUCCACCAAUUGACCAUUCUAGCAUGGUUGAUCCUUCAAUUCAAACUUCUGGAACUUUGACAAGGGAUUGGAGCCAAAUGAGCAUGUGUCCUGCUCAUGGAAGGGUGUCAUCAUCAGAUGCAAAUGCUUUUAAUCAUGAGGCAAGUCAUUUCCCCAUUGGAAGUGGUUCUAGUAAUGCUCCUAUAGAUGUUGGAGGUUUUCAUAAUGAAUUUGGAACGAGCAGAAUUCCUACUGCUCCUCAAAGUUUUCAAAAUAAUCCGACUCAAACUGCAAGAGGAGUUCGCAGUAACUACUCUCAAAGAUCCACUCCAACUUUUAGGGCUUCUUCAGGCUUGCGCUUGGGUCGUGUGGCACCUUCUGAUGAUGGAUUGCAUAUGGUUGCUGAAAGUUACCCUUCUAGACAUCCAAGGCCAUUGACCACCAUUGGUUGGCAGAACAAUGAUAGAAAUGGAAGGUCAAGGAUACCUAAUGAUAGAUAUAGAUCAUUGGCUGAUGAGGUUGGUCUCAGUGAUCGAUUUAACUCUGAGGGUUUCAUGAUUGUUGAUCGUACUUCACUGUAUGGUUCUAGGAAUAUGCUUGAUCAGCAUAGAGACAUGAGGAUGGACAUAGACAACAUGAGUUAUGAGGAUCUACUUGCACUUGGAGAGAGAAUUGGCCAUGUGAGCACAGGAUUGUCUGAGGAUUUGAUUUCCAAGUAUUUGAGAGAAACAAUAUACUGUUCGUCUGAGCCAAGUCAAGAAGAAGGAACUUGUGCAAUCUGUCUGGAAGAAUACAAGAACAUGGAUGAUGUUGGGACGCUGAAAACUUGUGGACAUGAUUACCAUGUGGGUUGCGUUAAAAAGUGGUUGUCUAUGAAGAAAGUAUGUCCCAUCUGCAAAGCUUCUGCGAUGCCCGAGGACACAAAGGAUAAAUAAACAAUUUAUUCAUUCUACUUUAGUUUAUCGUAUAUCAUUCUGUACAUAUAUUUGGAUAUUCCUUGAAAUGGGGGAACAAGAUUUCCUUAUGGAUAUUAUGUUGUAAUAGGAAUGUUAACUCUGUCAAUGGAUUCGUUGGCUUUGGCUUUGGCUUCACUCUUUAAUUACGUGAAGCCUUGAAUUUAUCGUGCUUUGCUUC